GGCUCCCUCCUAAGGAGAGCAAGUUUAAAAGUGGGUUUUGAUCCAUGAAUUCUUACUUUACAACCAGUUUGACUGGGGUGCUUCUCUUUUGUGCUUACCUUUUAGAAUUCCUAAGUGUAUAUUUUCACAAAAACCAACAUAGUUCUCUACUUUGAAAAAUUUGUCUAUAUUCUUGGCUGGCCUCAUUAACUGCUUGCACAAGGGAAAAGCAAUGUAACUGUUUAUGUGACACUGUCCAUUUUCUCAGAUUUGUGACCCGGAAGGAAAUCUCUGGUCUCAGUUGUGGCUCUUAGUGCUGGCCAGAAGCCAACUUCAUGUCUGAGCGCACGAGUGGCAGUUUGCCAUGGAGAGCUUGGGGCUGCAGACGGUGACCCUCAGUGACGGAACAACAGCCUAUGUCCAGCAAGCUGUGAAAGGAGAGAAGCUUCUUGAAGGGCAAGUGAUUCAGCUUGAGGAUGGAACCACUGCAUAUAUUCACCAAGUGACAGUACAGAAAGAGGGCUAUGACCCCGGCGCCCUGGAAGCUGUUCAGCUGGAAGAUGGCUCCACUGCCUAUAUUCACCACCCUGUCACUGUGCCGCCAGAUGGCACCAUCCUGGCUGUGCAGACAGAGGUGGGCUUGGAGGACCUGGUUGCAGAGGAUGAUGAGGCCUUCAGCACAGACACAGUGGUGGCCCUGGAGCAGUAUGCGAGCAAGGUUCUGCAUGACAGCCAAACUCCCCAUAAUGGAAAAGGGCAACAGGUUGGAGACAGAGCAUUCCGCUGUGGCUACAAGGGCUGUGGACGUCUCUACACGACCGCCCAUCACUUAAAGGUGCAUGAACGUGCUCACACGGGUGACCGACCAUACAGGUGUGACUUCCCCAGCUGUGGAAAGGCCUUUGCCACAGGCUACGGACUGAAGAGCCAUGUUCGUACCCAUACUGGUGAGAAACCAUACAAGUGCCCAGAGGAGCUGUGCAACAAGGCCUUCAAGACAUCAGGAGACCUGCAGAAGCACGUCCGGACCCACACUGGUGAACGCCCGUUCCGGUGCCCUUUUGAGGGCUGUGGCCGCUCCUUUACCACAUCUAAUAUCCGCAAGGUACAUGUGCGCACCCACACAGGCGAGCGGCCCUACACCUGUCCUGAGCCCCACUGUGGCCGUGGCUUCACCAGUGCCACCAACUACAAGAAUCACGUGCGCAUCCAUACAGGGGAGAAGCCAUAUGUUUGCACGGUGCCAGGCUGCGGGAAGCGCUUCACUGAGUACUCGAGCCUGUACAAGCACCAUGUGGUGCACACGCACUGCAAGCCCUACACCUGCAGCACCUGUGGCAAGACCUACCGGCAAACUUCCACCCUGGCCAUGCACAAGCGCAGUGCCCAUGGAGAGCUGGAGGCCACUGAGGAGAGCGAACAGGCCCUCUACGAGCAGCAGCAGCUUGAGGCUGCCUCUGCAUCUGAGGAAAGCCCACCACCCAAACGAGCCCGCAUUGCUUACCUUUCGGAGAUGAAGGAAGAAGGUGAUGACAUCCCAGCCCAAGUGGCCAUGGUGACCGAGGAGGAUGGGGCUCCCCAGGUGGCUCUGAUCACGCAGGAUGGUGCCCAGCAGGUCAGCCUGUCCCCAGAAGACCUGCAGGUCCUGGGGAGUGCCAUCAGUGUGGUGACCCAGCAUGGCAGCACUACCCUCACCAUCCCCAGUCAUGACAAUGACCUGGCCACAUCUGGCACACAUACUGUCACCAUGGUCAGCGCCGACGGCACCCAGACGCAGCCCGUCACAAUCAUUACCUCUGGGGCUGUGGUGGCCGAGGACUCAAGUGUUGCAUCCCUUCAUCAUCAACAGGUGGCGCUGUUGGCCACAGCCAAUGGAACACACAUUGCAGUGCAGCUGGAGGAGCAGCAGUCCUUAGAGGAGGCCAUCAGUGUGGCCACCGCUGCCAUGCAGCAAGGGGCUGUAACCCUGGAGACCACAGUGUCAGAGAACGGCUGCUGAACCCAGGAGGGCUGGCUCCCGCACCGUGCUGGAGGAAGUGCCAUGCUCACAGGCAGCCCUGCCUCCAAGGGCCCCAGCUGUGGCUGACACAUGGAAGGUGGCCACAUAGUCCUCUGGGGUGAGAAGGUAGCAGAAAAGUGGCCUAACUGAAGGGGAGGGGAACCCUGUCCAAGAUGAGGCCAGGCAGCAGGCAGCGAGAGCUGAGGAGAACCAAGAACCAGCCUGACCAGCAGGCCACACUGGGCACCUACUCUCUUUCCUCUGGAGAACCCCCUUCCCGCUUCAGUCCACUCCCCAUCUCUGGUGGAGAUGGGGGCUAGAUGGACACUGACCUCUACCCUGACUGGUCACAGCCCACCAGGGGAAAGGGCAAAUAGCUCUUCAGCCCAGUGGGGGCAGAGUGGGCCAGUGCCACCCUUCCCAGCAAUAACCACCUCCUUCAGGCAGCCAAGAUGCCUGGCCAAUUGGCACUAGGGACUUUCUGCCACCACAGUCAGAAUUAAUUCCUCAGGGGCCUGUGGCUGGAGUAAAAGUACCCAGCUCCCACCCCACCCACCCAGCUGUCCCCCAACCUCUCUGUGGCAGAGAGGCAGGGAGUGGCCUGUACAUAGACUGCUGGGGAUGGGGUUUAAUUUGUUUUGUGGUUUGGUUUUUUUAAAUUACAUUUUGAUAAUUAUUUUUUUUCCUGCUCUGGGUGAUGGUGGCAAAUGGGUGAAUGAAUAUUUAAUAAAAGUUCCAAGUUUCCACCUGGGUUCUUCCAUCCUUUCAGCUCUCAGCCCUGAUGGCAGGGCUGAGUCAGCUUUCACUCCUAUGUCCUUGGGACAAACCCUUUCAGCCUCAAUGCCUGAUUGGUAGGCUCGCCUACCUGGGGCCCAGAAGGGAGGGAGACCCACCGUAAGCUCCCUAAGGAGCUGCUAGUGGCUUCCCGUCCACACUUGAACACUUGGGCUGCAGGGUACCUAGACAGGACCAGAGUGACCGCUGCUUCCAGGCUCUGGCUAAAUCUUAGGCCUCAAGAUGGAUAGGCUGGAAGAACAUUGGGUUUUUCUGCCUUGCCUUUGUGGAAGAUAGCCUGAGCCCCUCCAGCCCUGGCUCCCCUCUACUGCACACAGUCAACUGUCCAAGAGGGCAAAGACCCAGGUUCUAGUGGCUGGGGUGCCUUGGCUAGUGUUACUGGGGUCCUCAUGUCUCACUGUUCUGAUGUUGAAGUCCUUGUUCCAUUACCCAGAUCUGAAAGGGGUGACUUAGGUGUCUAGGACCAUGCAAUAGGAUUCCAAAGCCAUAAGCUGAUCCCACUAAAGUGGUAAGUGCAGACCAGCCCCACAGCAGGAAGAGGGGGAGGAGACACCUCAUGGAAAGAUGCUAUGGGUUUGACCCCACCUAGAUAGGAACAUUGUAGGAAUUGGAGGUGCCCCUUUUCCUCUCUCCUUCUUCUCUCUUCACUGUGCACCUUCCUGCCCCUUGAGACUGGAGCUCUUCCCUUGACCUCUCCUAGGUUGCCUAGAAAGCUCCCAUUACUCUUGACACCAGCCCCAUGGAAACAGAGGGGCUGGAGCGUGCUACCAGGGACUGGGGCUCAUAAUUAGCCUGAGCAGGCCUCAUCAACAUGCCAUGACCACUGGUGUGGGUGAUUCCCAGCCCUCAUAGGCAUUGGAUCUAAAGAAACAGAAGCACUGAUGCAGAAGGCCCUGAGUCUCCCUGCCCUGAGGUGGGGGCCCAUGGCAUGACUCACCCUGUGUACUUCAGAUGCCAUCAUUGGUGUCUUCAAAGUCUUUGGGCCAAGAGUGAGCAGAGAUCUGAGUGAUUUUAGAGCCAAUGCCCAGGGAAGGGGAAAUCAGCAAAUGAAGUGCCAAGUCUGCUGACCUGGAGAGGUGCCCUGGCCCAGUUCCUCCUCCAGCUUUAUGGUGCUGCCUUUGUUUCUUCUGCUUGGGUGGAGUCCCAUCAUGGGAUUAUGUUGGAUGGUACUAAAAGAAAUGCUUUAUCCAGAGCCCACUAUAUACUUAACAUCCAUUUCUUGAACAUCCUUACAACUCUGUGAGGUUGGUGUUUUUCCACCUUACCAAGAGGAAACGGCUCAAGGAUGUUAAGUAACUUAUACAAGCCUCCCACCUGGUAAGUGUGACUCCCUGCCUGUCUAACUCCAAAGUCAAGAUGGACUUUCUUUUUCCCUCAUUGAGCUGCUUCUCGGAGCUUGGGGCAAGGAGACUUCUAAAAGGGCCGCAUACACCCAAGGAGUCAGGCCCAUCAAAGCGAGGGCGUCCCAUGUAGGCAGUGGGGCCACUGAGCACUGCUGGAGCAACAGGCCAGCAGGGGAGUCAAGUGAGCAGGCAGGUGGAGCUCUCGCUCCGCACCAGGGCCCCUCUGCGGUCUGCAGCCGUUUGCAUUUCCUGAAACCGGAUCUUGGUGUCGGAGCCGCCCCCAGGCAGGGCAGGCUCCUCAGCCAUGGCCCUGCGCAAGGAGCUGCUCAAGUCCAUCUGGUAUGCCUUCACCGCGCUGGACGUGGAGAAGAGCGGCAAGGUCUCCAAGUCCCAGCUCAAGGUGAGGGGCAUCCGGGACCCAGGGGAGGCCGGAACACUCACCACACCAGUCCUUGCUGCCCGGGACUCAGGCGCGAAAGCUGUGCUACUCCGCUGGCACCCUGCCAUCCGGUAGCUCUGGCCUGGGGUAGAUGGCCGGUACCUGGUGACUGGUGACUGAGUCAGUGUGGCCCAGUGGAUGCUGCUGCCCGCUUCUCAGAGGCAGCAGCAAAGUGUGGACAGAGCCAGUGCCCAGAACCUGGCCCCGGACUGGAGGGUUCUGAGAGCCAUGAGCCAGGCCACUUCCCAGGCUCCUUAAGGUCUUUCCAGAGUCAUGCUUGGGCAUGCAUCCUACUCCUCCCUGCUGUUGCCUCUAGCUUUGAAGAAAGACAGUUAGCUAGUACUUUUCACUUACUUCCUCUGGAGCUGAGAGAAGUAUAAAGGGCCUCCCCUAUUUGCAAACCAGGCUGGCUUCUGAACCUUCAUGUGGGACAGAGCUGGGGAGGGGUUAUACUGAUACUCACCAUCUGGCUUGAGAACGCGCACAGGCAGGUUGGCAAACGUAUUUAGGCCUUGAGCUUGGAGUGGAGGUCGAGUCCAGCACAGCCCCAUCAGUGUCCUAAAGUCAUCAUCUGGCCUAGACAGUUCCAGGGAGACCAAGAAGUUUCUCUCUUCCUCCAGUCCUGGGUUGGUACUGCCUUCUCCACCCUAGUUAACAGGGAGAAAGCAAGGUCCUGGGCCACUAGAACCAGGGAGCACUGAGGAAAGGCGCAGCAAAGGCCUCAGCUCCUGGGGACCUGCCUUAGUGUUCGUUCACUUACCGUAAAUACUUCACUGAGUGCUCUGCAUGAGGCUAUGUAACUGGCAUUAGGACAGGCCCUAGAUUCUUGGUAGAUUCUUGGUAUCUUCCUUGCCCUCUCUUCAAAAGAGAGGUACAGUCACAACCUCCAUUUUUUUUUUUUUGGUGGUACUGUGGUUUAAACUCAGGGCCUCAUGUCUACCACUCUUAAUAACCAAGGUAGGAGGUGCCUAGAAAGCUGGAAGGCAAAUAGGUAUGCCUCACCUCCAUUCCAUCCCUCCACAUUGCUGAAUUUGGACCCUAUGAACCUGGGGGUCUCACUAGUCCUUUCCCAAAAUCUAUCCCUGAGCCAGGUUUGAGAGGAUCUAAUACAUAAUUUUCUUCUUUCCUAUGGAGAAUCCACUACUACCUCCCAAGGGGCAGGUUCUUCCUUAUAUCCUACUUAAAUCCCUUUUAUUGUACCUCAUAUCAUCUAGAUGGGUCCUGCCAUAUAGAUGGAAGCAAAACAGAUCACCCAAAAACUAGCACUGGCAGAAAUUCUCCACAUCCAUCUCUCACUCUGCCCCUAUUAUGUCUUGCCAGGACAAUCCCAGACCCCAUGGCUACUUGCUUCCAAGGUGUUACUUUCCCUCUCUUCUGUCUCCUGAGCCAUCUCUGGCUCUGUCCUUCACAUAUCGUUCCUCAAGUGGCUCCCAUUUUCUGGUGCCAUCUGCCACUAAGGUGCCCUAGCUUGAACCUCUGUAUUGGUCUCUGACUGGCCCAAUGCCCACUCCCCGGACCCCACAGGAUGAGUAUUUCUGGGGAAGACUGCAUGGAGAGUUUGAAUGUG